ACGUGGAAUAACUUGAGUAACAUUUUAUGGUAAAUUAUUUGAAACUUUAGGACAUUUUUUAUGUCGAAUAUUGUUGAAUAGACACGUUAUAGCAAAUACAUUAUUUGCUGUUUGCUCUCUUUUUUGCAAGAAUAGCAGUCAUAAUGGCUUUCACGAUGCUGAGGACAAUCGCGUCCCACUACUCUUACGCGGACUUAAAUUUAAUGUCAGACGAUGAUGAGAACCACAGUGGAAGUGACAGCAGUUCAGACCAAAUGUAUGGAUGCUACGCCGUUACCGAGAAGAAGCGGGGAGCUGCGCUGAUGCCAGGCACUGGGGGGAUAGUAGUGGUCAGGCAACGCAACUCGGCCAACGCACGGGAACGCGAACGGACACAGAGCGUCAACACAGCCUUCACCGCCCUCAGAACUCUAAUUCCCACGGAACCUGUGGACCGAAAGCUCUCCAAAAUCGAGACACUUCGCUUAGCGUCAAGCUACAUCUCUCACCUCGCCAACUGUCUGGUCACUGAGAGUGGGCAUGUGGAGGGCCAGCCAUGUCUCAGUGCGCCCGUUGAGGGGAAGCAGCCGCGGACCAUCUGCACCUUUUGCCUGAGAAACCAACGCAAAGGGGGGAAGGACGGAAAAAACUGUCAGAAGCUACACUGCAAGACGCGUAUCAGUCAACGGUAGACCAAAGAGAAGUUGAAGUCUACAACCUACUACUGUAGGCCUAUUUUGAAGCGUGGCAUCAGUUCUCCUGGUGGACAUCAUGGAGGACCUCAUCAGAUACAGUCCACCAGCUCUCUACAGAGCUGAACAAAGCUGCAUCUCAAUGGAUUUAGUCAGCCCAUGAGCUGCCUGGACCUCCAAAUGAAUAGACUGUCUGUGACUAUUUGAAUACAAUCCUGUUGUGAUUUCAAGGAUUAACAAUUGUUUUUAUUAAAUAUAUAUAUAUAUAUUUUUACAUGAGGGACAUUCAUCGUUCAUGUCAUUUAAUGUUGCUUUCUAAUGUUGCUGUGGUCAAAACAACAUGAGAUCAUCUUUUAUAAAUGAAUGAGUUUUAAAGAAAUCAAUCUGAAGCUCAACAAACUAAUUUACAAAAUGUAAACACUUCUGUUUCUCUGGUUGAACAAAAAAAGGUUGGCUAUAUUGUUGUUUCCAUGUGCUCAUCGUGUGAUAGGGAAAUGGCGGAUUGAAUUCCAUUUUCUGAGCAUUUAAGACGGUUUAAGAAGACUUGAAAGUUGUGUGAACCAUGCAUUUUCUGCUUUUCCUAUAUGUGUCACAUGCAAGAAAACAUGAGCAGCCGUUUUAAUGAGUUACAAUGAAGUCACAAGACAGAUUUAUGCCGGUCUGCUUUUGAUUAGUCACAGCCAAUAAUACCUGUGCUUUUCAGCCUGAACCCACAGCUGCUGUUGUGUCAAAGGUGUGAGUCACUGAUCACUCUGAGAGAAAACAUGUGGAGGGAGAGGAGGGAGAAUCAAGAGACCAUGGAGUGUGUGUGUUUGCAUGUGUGUGUGCAGACUUGUUCUAAUGUGAUGUUGACCACACAGACUUGAGAAACCCCAUGGACAUUGUCUCCUGUGCACGAGGGAGACAGAUGAAAUCAUCCAGUCGAAUAACAGACCACUGCAUGAAUCAAGACUCAAGUCAAAAGUUAUUCACUGUGUCCGACCUUUGCAAAUGCAUUUGUUUGCGUGCAUUUUAGCAGUGUGUGUAUAAACAGAAAACGUACGAACGCAGUUUGUCUCCAGCUCAAUUACUUGAGGUGUCAAAGUGUCCUAAAAGUCAUGUCACC